AUGGCCUCUUCGCUGCCUGGAGCUGCCAAGGAGGCCGGUGAAGGCGACUCGCUGCUGCUGCUUCUGCGGGGCUGCCAGCUCUCCUCCUUCGGGCCGGUGGGGGCCCCGCCGCGCUUCCUGGAGGCGCUGCCGCCCCCUCCCUUCCAGGCCCCGACGUCCAGGCUGCCCAGCGGCUCUCCCCGCCUGGGGCCCUUCCCCUUCCCGCGCCCCCUGCCCCCCGCAGCAGCAGCAGCAGCCUUCGGCGCCCCCCACCCGCCUCCUCCGCCUCCAUCUCUGCCCCGGCCGCUCCCGCUGCUGGCCGCGCCCUUCCAGCCCGACGGAGCCUGGCCCAGGAAGAGCUGCUCGCCGGAGGCCGCCCCGCGCUCGCCCACCUACCGCUUCACUGCUCAGGAGCUCCACGCCGUCCUCUACGGGGCUCUCCCGGCAGCCGCGCGCCAGCCCCACAGCCCAGGCUCUGCUGACGGCCACCCUCUGCUCCCAGACCAGGCGUCUCUGCAGCUCCCUGAAGGGCUGACCGUGCUGCAGACGGUGUACGUGGACGGUCCCCAGCUCGGUGUCUUUUGCACCCAGGCCAUCCCCAGGGGGGUCCGCUUCGGCCCUUUCCAAGGCAGGGUCGUCAACACCAGCGAGAUCAAGACGUACGACGACAAUUCCUUGAUGUGGGAGAUCUUCGAGGACGGUCGCUUGAGCCACUUCAUCGACGGCAGAGGCGCGUCUGGCAACUGGAUGGCCUUGGUGAACUGCGCUCGUUUCCCGGAGGAGCAGAACAUGACUGCCCUUCAGUGCCAGGGCCGGAUCUACUACGAGACCUGCAAGGAGAUCUCGCCCGGCCAAGAGCUGCUCGUCUGGUACGGCGAUGGCUACCUGCAGUUCUUGGGCAUCCCCCUCAGUCUGAAGGGCCCCGCGGAAGGGAAGCGAGCCCAGCAGCACUGCGAAGAGUCGGCGGAAGGCUACAAAUGCGAGCGCUGCGGAAAGGUCUUCGCCUACAAGUACUACCGGGACAAGCACCUGAAGUACACGCGCUGCGUGGACCGCGGCGACCGCAAGUUCCCCUGCCACCUCUGCAACCGCUCCUUCGAGAAAAGGGACCGCCUCCGCAUCCACGUCCUCCACGUCCACGAGAAGCACCGGCCCCACAAAUGCUCCAUAUGUGGGAAGAGUUUCUCUCAGUCUUCCAGCCUCAACAAGCACAUGAGGGUGCAUUCUGGGGAACGGCCCUAUAAGUGUGUGUACUGUAACAAGGCAUUCACCGCCUCCAGUAUCCUGCGUACUCACAUCCGCCAGCAUUCAGGAGAGAAGCCCUUUAAGUGCAAACACUGUGGCAAGGCCUUUGCUUCACACGCAGCCCACGACAGUCACGUGCGGCGCACUCACAGUAAUAAAGACAAAGGCUGUACGUGUACAGUGUGUGGCAAAACGUUCCUAGAAGCAGAAGAGUUCCGUUUCCACAUGAAGUUCCAUGCAGCUCUAUAG